AUGAAACCCCCCUGGGGAAUAUUCCUCCUUUUACUGCUUGCGCAUUUUUUAAAAUGUACUAAUGGCUUAAGGAAGAGGAUGGGGGGUGGUCUGUAUGGCUUCCUCCUGGGAAGUAGAAAUGACGAACGGAAGGAAACGAUGCUGCGAAGAAGGCACCAUGAGGUAAGAAAAAGAAGUAUGCAAAAAUUAAAAGACGUGAAGGAUAUUUAUGUGGGACAACUAAAAAUAGGCAGAGUGACAAACGUUGUCGAAAACGAUAUAUUUGUGAAAUUGAAAAAUGAUGAUAAUGAGCAAAUAAUAAUUAAGAGGGAAAAUAAUUAUCUCCUGGAAAACGAACUCCUGUAUGAGUAUUUAUACAGGAACAAUUUUAUUGACAAUGCAAUGUAUGCUAGACUGAUGCAGAAAGUCAACCCCAACUGGAAAGACCAGUCCACCUGUGUGCAAAAUGACCAUGUUAAAGACUGCCUUAUUCUCGUAAAAGAAAUUGAUGAAAAAAAUCGAAUAAUCGGAGAAUUAUACACAAACGAAAUAAACAAAAGGAAGGAAAAAAUUUACGACAAAUUAAAUGAACUGAAAAAUUCAGAAAAAAAAAUUUUCAUCCAAAUUGUAAAAAAUGUAAGGAAUAAAUAUUUUGUAGUUUUAAUAAAUGGAUGCAUAAAGGGGUACCUUCUCUACGACGAAAACGAUGAAAAGGAAAAACACAAUAUACAGCUCCUACAAUCGUCCAAAAAUACAACAAACAAAAUAAGCGCAUACAUAAUUGAAGUGAACAAAAAACUCGAAUAUGUCUUCUUAAGUUUACAGAAAAUUUCCAAUGAUAAAAUAAAUGAAAAAUUACGAAAUUUGCAACACACUAUUGUCGUGGAAAAUUUAUUCGAAAAUGUCUACUUCAAAGCGGAGGUCUCUGAUUUUUGCAACGAUGGAAAUAACAUUAUUGUUAAUAUAUUUGAAAGUAAAAGUAACCCCAUUAAGGUAAAAAUAAAAUCACAUAAUAUUAUUAACACCAGAAAUAUUCUGCGAAAUUUUGAUUACCUCAAAAAUAAAGUUAUAACACAUGAAUUUGCACAGCACAACUCGGCUGUCGUAGAGGAGACCAACGAAGAUCGUGUCCCGAGCCAUAAAAUGGGACAACGAAGAGGGGAAGGCAGUGGAGAUGGCGCUCAGACAAUGGAAGGAGGCCCAUUCGAAUCGCGAUACACAAGGGAUAUAAUUCCACAAGAGAAAAAAUCAAAAGGGUCGAUACGCACAAAGGACUACACAGAUAAGUAUAAAGAGUUCAAGCAAAACUUCUAUGGGUGCAACGAAGAAGAUGCUCUCAAAUACAUCAACGUGGACGAUUACAUCUUUAAGAAGGAAAAACUGCUUUACGUUCGAAUCGUUAACAAAACAUCGGAUCCAAAUUUGUACGAAGGUAGCAUGGUUAACGCCGACUCUAUUAACUAUCAGAUAUAUGAACUUAUAAAAAAAAUGUCUACUGAUCAGAACGUCAUUCAGGAUUACGAUUCCAUGUUGAGAUAUCCCUCCAAGGUUCUCGCUUUUUUUAACAAUUAUGUAAUUUUGUCGACCAGGGUUUUGAGCCCCGAAGCGACGGCAGUACAGGAAAGCGCCCCCGAGAAAGGGGAGGGAGAUACCCCUGCCUGUGCCACUACGGGGUGUAACAAAAUUAACAAGGAACACGUAAGAGAUGUCAUCACGCUUAUCGAGAAAAGAUACAUUGAUUAUGAAAACCUCAAAGAAGGAGACAUAUUUUUUUGCAGAUUUGAUCACAUCAAGACGAGAAAUGCGCGGAACAUUUUUAAUCUCUCCAAUAGCACCAUCAAUAAAAUUUUUAAUUCGUACUUUAAGAGGGAGAAGAACAUAAUGGGGUUAGUCGGCCGACGGGACGAUGAUUCUCCUCGCUUGGAUAGGAACCUCUCCAGAUCGGAGGGGGGAAAGGAUGGUUCCAACCAUGGAGGCAAUAUAGGAGAGGAGACCAAGUACUCAGAGCAGGAGAAAUCCCCAUUGCAGCAAAUCUUCGAAGAAGUAUUUUUCUCCAAGAGGAAUUUCUACUUCAUGAGGGGAGAAUUACACAAGGACACUGAAUACCGCCUGAACAAAAACAACAUAGACAAAAAUUUCAAACUGCUCAAACACAUAUGUGACACGUACUACUCGGGGAUUAACAAAUCUUACCGUCAUUACCCAAGCAUACGCGAAGAAUUUAUUUUGGCGUACCUGGGCAAGGACAAUUAUAAGUUGUACAGGAAAAUUGUGGCAGAUUAUUUCUCAUCCAAUGAGCAUUCUUACAAAGAAUUUUUGCAAGCAGAUUGCGAAGCUGUCCUUAUGACCGUCUUUGAUGUGGCAUUUGAAAAUCCAAACGCAUUAACAGUCCAGGUGGUACAAAACUAUAACAAAGAGCUAUUUCGAAAAAUCUCUAUGCUAGACCUUAACGAACUAAAUUACUUGCUAAAAGAUCUAGAUAAAUUGAAAAAAAAAUUGUAUAUCUAUCCGUGUAGCUACAAAAACAAAAUUGGACGAAUGAACCUCAUAUUGAAUAAUGUAAAGCCUAUAAAAAAGGAGCAUAUCGAAAAUUUUCAAAUUAGUCAAGACAUAAAAAAUGAGCUACUAAACGCUUAUAAGAAUUUCGUUUUCCCUGUUGAGUAUAUAAAAGAGACCAUUAUAAAGAAAAAGCAGGCCAAGUGUCUGGAAAAUAGCAAAAUGCAAUCCAUUUAUAUUUUGGCCGAAGAAACCAUAAACCUUUAUGAAAAUUCUGCCAAGGAUGUAGAACCGCUGAGUGAUGAACAAAUUGACAUCAUCAGGAACCACCUUUUGAAGAAACGCAGGCCCAUCGCGGGCGACAUGGCUGAAGACGACUCCUUCCGAGGGGAUCUCUUCGAGCCUGAAAACAGCCAAAUCAGGCGCCUACUGCACAUGAUCAAAGAAGACCUGGAGAAGCAGAAAAAGAAAAAUAAGUUGGAUGAAGUGGACCGUGAGUAUGAAGAAGAACAGAAGAGUUACACCGAUGCCACGGACCUGUACAAGACGUACCCAGAGCUCCAAGAAAUGGACAAACUCACCGAGGAUGCCUUUCAUAUGAAAAUUCCCUUUGUGGAAUGA